AUGAUCAACUUCUGUAGUGUACUUGAUGAAGACAUGGACUUGGGCCAGCUUGAUCCGACAAACAAUAAUACUAAGGAACAUGAAGACAUUGAAGAUGAACCUUUAGAAGUCUUAGACAAUGAUGUAGUUGAGUCAUUUGCUAGUGAAAAAGAGCCUAGGAAGAAAUUGUUAAGGUCCAUUCUAAAACCAGUUGCUUGUUCAUCUGGUGAGGUUCACACUAAAGCUUUUAAGAUUGGUCAGACGUUCAAGGAAAAGGAAAAAAUAAGAGAAGUUAUUGCCAACUACUCUGUAAAAGAAAGGAGGGAUCUACAUUAUGUAAAGAAUGACAAGACAAGAGUUAGGGUAAAGUGUAGGGGUAUUGUUCCUGAAUUGACUGAUGACAGUAAUAAAGAUAGGGGCAAUUUAGUACUUUCCAAGAAAACAACUUGUCCAUGGGUUCUUUUUAUAUCUAGGGCAGAUGAGAAACAACUUUGGACUGUCAAAACAUACGAAGAUUCUCAUUCUUGUUUGCAAACAAGGACAGUGAGGGCUUGUUCAUCUAAGUUUCUAGCUAACAACAUAUUGCAUCAAGUUGAAAGUAACCCCAAGAUCCCUACACGUGCUUUACAAGAGGAGUUAGUACAGAGGUAUUCACUUUCAAUAUCAAAGAUGAAAGUAUUUCGGGCCAAAGCUAUGGCAAAACAAUAUGUUUAUGAUUAUUAUGAAAAGCAGUACGGUGUUUUGAGAGAAUAUGCCAUGGAAUUGAAGUCAAAGAAUCCAGGAACAACUGUGAAGAUAGAUGUCGAAACCGAACCCAAUGUGUCUUCUGAGACAAGGAUCUUCAAACGGAUAUAUAUAUGCUUAGGUCCAUUGAAGGAGGGAUUUAAAAAAGGUUUGAGGGAUUUUCUUGGAUUUGAUGGUACGUUUUUGAAGGGUCCCUUUCCAGGACAAAUUCUUACUGCAGUUGGGCUUGAUUCGAACAAUGGCAUUUACCCAGUUGCAUAUGCCAUUGUAGAGACUGAAAAUAUUAACUCUUGGACAUGGUUUUUGGAACACUUGGGUGAUGACUUAGAUUUGAAUUCUUCAUCUAACUUCACUUUCAUUUCAGAUCGGCAAAAGGGAAUCUUGGCUGCAAUAGAGAAGUUAUUUCCAUCAGCUGAGCAAAGGUUCUGUUUAAGACAUGUGUAUGACAACAUGAAAUUGAAACACAAAGGAGAUGAAUUGAGGGAAGCAGUAUGGUGUUGUGGAAAAGUAUACAACAUACCAAAAUUUAAUAGGGCUAUGGAGAAACUGAAAAAGCUUAACCCAGAAGCACAUGAGUGGUUAAGUAAAAUUCCUGCAAAACACUGGGCAAGAUCCCAUUUCUCUGGAAGGGCAUUGACUGAUAGUUUAACAAAUAACUUGUGUGAGGUAUUUAACUCCAAGCUAGAUGAGGCAAGGGACAAGCCUAUAAUCACUUGUUUGGAAUAUAUUAGAGAAUACCUCACAAAGAGAAUAGUAAAUGUUCAUAAGGUGCUAGACAAAUGCAAAGGUUCUCUAAGUACAACUGCAACAACAAUCUUAGAAAACAAUAAGACAGAGGCAAGUAAGAUGAGGGUUCUAUUUAAUGGAGCUAAUAAAUAUCAAGUGACUGGUCUAUGGAUGGAGCAGUAUGUUGUGAAUUUGAAAGAGAGGAGUUGCACUUGCAGGAAAUGGGACAUUACAGGUAUUCCAUGCCAGCAUGCUAUUGCUGCAAUGUAUGAUAAGAUGCAGAAUGGGUCAGAAUGUGGAGAUCUUGAGGCUUGGGUGAGCAAAUGUUACUGGCUCAGUACAUGGAAUGCUAUGUACCAACACACAAUUGACCCAAUAAAUGGAAGGAGCAUGUGGCCUAGAUCUGAUUGUCCAACAACCCUUCUCCCACCCAAACAUCACAAACAGGUUGGUAGGCCAAAGAAAAAAAGGAAGAGGGCAGUUGAUGAGCCAAUUCAAAGUACCAAGUUAAGUAGGAAACACUUGACAGUCACUUGUAGCAAAUGCCACAACAAAGGUCACAAUGCUAGGACUUGCAAGGGGCAGGGAGGUCCUAGUGAAGCUGGAUAG